AUGUUAGAUGGAAUGGAGACCUUCUUUCUGAUCAUGAUAACUGGAGAGUUCAUAAUGGGGAUUUUGGGGAAUGGAUUCAUUGCCCUGGUGAACUUCAUUGACUGGGUCAAGAAACGGAAAAUCUACCUGGUUGAUUUAAUUCUUACCAGUCUAGCUAUCUCAAGAAUUGGCCUGUUGUUUAUGAUGCUAUUAAAUAUCUUCAUAGUUAUUUUUUACCCAGAGGUAUUUGACUGUGAAAACAUUGUGAAAAUUAUAGAUAGCUUCUGGGCAAUCACCAGCCAGUUAAGUGUUUGGUUUGCUACCUGCCUUAGCGUAUUCUAUUGUUUGAAGAUAGCCAAUUUCUCCCACCCCCUUUUUCUCUGGCUGAAGUGGAGAAUGAACAGAGUGAUUCUCAUAAUCCUACUGGCAUCUUUACUCAUAUCUGUAUCCAUUAGCCUCUCAGUAACAGAGCAAUAUAAUGAAGAUGUCAAGAACUGGGGAAGCAGAAAGAACAAGAGAAAUAAUACAAGGAACUCUGCCUACUUUAACACUCUGAUUUUCCCCAGUCUGGGGACUCUCUUUCCCUUUACCGUGUCCCUGAUCUCAUUUUUCCUGUUAAUCCUCUCUGUGUGGAAACAUAUCAGGAAGAUGAAGCUCAAUGCUAUGGAUGCUAGAGAUCCUAAAACGGUGAUCCAUUUUAGAGCCAUGAAAGCUGUGAUUUCUUUCCUCAUCCUCUUUGUCAUUUACUGUUUGGCCUGUCUCAUAGCAAUAUCCAACUAUUUUUUACCACAGAGAGAACUUGCAGUGAUUUUUGGUGUGAUCAUUGCUUCCAUCUACCCCUCAGGUCACUCAUUUAUCUUGAUUUGGGGGAACAUUAAGCUGAGGCAGAGAUUCCUGAACUCACUGAAGCAGAUAAAGCAUUGUCUUAAAGGAGGGAUAUCCAUAGUGCCCUAG